AUGCCAGAAUUUGCCUUUGUGAAAGAGGUCAUUUCCUAUAUUAAGGACGUCUACCUUUGGGUCCAGAAGUGGAAUACUGCAAGUCGAGACGGGCAUACUCUAGCAUACGUGUUGGAACUUGGAGACUCUAUUGUCUUCUAUGACUCUUGUGAAGCAAAGCGACUUGCUGGACCAUUCAGUGCUUCAAGCGGUCCGAAUGGGCAACGGAAAGAAACUGCUCGUAUCGAAGUACAGGGCGAGGCUGCGUCUUCAAACAAAGAGAAAUGGACGAUUUUUAGUAGAUUUCGAUCUCCCAAGGAUAAUCGAAGAAAACACAACACAUAUACGCCAACGGCUUACUCCGGAGGUGGCGAUGAAAGUGACAGAGUGUCAAUGUUGGUGUUGGGUCCGCUCACGUUCGAUACCCUGCCGCCGGUGACCAUGCCCGUGUGCCCUCUCGUGCUGUCUGUAGACAUGGCUUCCAGACAUGACAUUUCAUUUUCUCAGCAGUGUUUACAGCUGUCAGCUGAAAACAUUGCAAUGAGAAUACUUGAUGUAGCAAGUAAUUUUAUGGAGACUGGAGUUUGGAAUGGAGAUCUUAUUCAAGAAUGGAGGCAAUCAGUUCUUGCUUAUCUGAAUAAGCUGGAAAGAGAAAUGCAGCUUCAUUUACAUUCAGAACAUCAAAGCAUAAGUCACAGAGUUGAUGUGCCAUUGGAACAACAAAUUGUACAGACAUCAGUUGGAUAUCAUGCAAUGUUGCCUGAAAUAUCUGACUUUCUUGAAGCUGGAGAAUUUAGUGAAAAUGUGGUUGACAAAUGGAAACAAUUUGUUAUAGCAUUUGAGAACGAACUGAUGAUGCAUCCACAACGAUAUCUUGUUUUUAAGCGUGCAGAAAAUUCUACAACUGUUAGAGCAUGUACCAUGGAUGAUGAAAGCUGGACAGAAGAGACAAACAAGAAACACAACAAACAAGGGAAUGUUGAUGCAAGUGCAAGCACGGAAUUUGUAGGGGAAAAGGCAACUAGUAAAUAUGCAGAAGUGACAGAUACACAAGUCUGCGUCAAAACUAUUGACACAUUUACGCUUGGAGGCAUGGCCAGGGGUAGGCAUUUUCCCACUAGCUACACAAAGGCGCAUUUGGCUACACAUGUGUUUGAUGUACGGCAACAGAUCACAAAGCGAGAGCAACUGCCACUCCACCUGGAUUGCGUCAUCAAGUUCAUGAACGUUGUGAGGCGUACGAAGCUCAACACGCCGCUUGAUGACCGCCCAGAGGUUUUCUAUUGGUGCAAGAUCUGUGAUGGUGAUUCAGGCAAAGGCAAUGUAUCUACCACCUCUUCAUAUGCUCCAAGACAAGAAAUGGCUAAUUUGCAGACACUUCAUGGAACAAAGCAAGCAGCGAAGUCUUCUUUUGUGAGACUCCGUGAUGAUUUACGGUUUCAUCAUUUAAAAGCAAAACAGAGUUGUUCUGAUAAAAGCCAUGCGAUGGUGGGUAAAGGAGUCAGUCUAUGUGUAUCACAUCGUCUUCUUCUAAUGCUGAGUGUUGAAAUUGCUUCAAAAUGGAGAAUAGUUGCUUGCAGUCUUCAACCAGAGGCAAUGGCAGAACAUUUACAGGAUGAAAUUGCUUCCCAACAUGCAGGCAACCUUCAGAAACAAGCCUUUCAUAUGCUUGAAGCUUGGAGGGAUAAACACAGCUGUGAUGCUUCUGUCAAUACAAUGUGUGAAGUUCUGAUGAAAGUUGACUGCAGAGAUGCAGCAGAGAAAGUAUUUGGUCACAGAGGUGUACAGCAGGUGUACUCACACCAAAGAAGUCAAACUAACUAUGAAGAUUGUAGUCAGACGAACAAUUUAUCUGUGAAAUCAGAGGAAAUGAACUCUGUUGAGUUGGUUCAGUCUGAAGAUAGAAGUGAGAGAGACAUCCAACUUUACAGUAAUACUGUUACAGACGAGGCUGCUGUCACGACUCUGCAUUUGGAUAGGCUGCACAUAUCUAAUGAAACACAGCAAGAGUUAGGACAUAUGGAAUGUCAAAUGAAUUGUGGUUUUUCUGAAGCAUAUUUGACCAAUAGAACUAUUUCGGUUGUGGAAAAUUUUGAUCAUACACAUUCUGUGUCUUCUUCUCAAAAGACAGAAUGUGGUUACAGAAAUAACACAAGAACUGUAUUAGAUAAAUUUGAUCAGGUUGUUUCAGAUGAUCGUUUUCAAUUGUUGAGUGUUGAGAUUGCUUCAAAGUGGAGAAAUGUUGCUCAUUGUCUUAAACCUGAGCCAAUGCAUGGACGAAUACUAGAAGACAUUGCUAUUCAACAUCAAGACAAUCUGCAGGAACAAGCACUUCAUAUGCUUGAAAUGUGGAAAGAAAAACAUGGUCGUAAAGCUUGUAUCAAGACGUUGUGUGAAGUUCUUAUCAACGCUGACCAUAGAUCAUCUGCAGAGAAAGUAUUUGGCAGGGAAGCCGUGCAUCAAAUUUUGUCACAUAUGAAAGAAACAAACUCAGAGGGGCUUUCUUGUUCGCUGUAUGAGUUAGCAGGAGAAGUUGGUGAUGAUUGGAAAGCAGUAGCUGGUCAUAUGGGUUUAACGUUUCAGCAGACAGAGAUCAUUGAACUAGAAGCUCACAUUCCAAGAGAACAAGCAUGGAAAAUGUUGUCUUUGUUACAUUCUAAAAUGGGCAGUGAUUUCAAAGUGGACGAAGUACACGGACAUUUGCAACAAAUCAGAAAGGACAGACACACAGAAGAAUUGAAAAAUCAGAUUUUUCCUCAAAAUAUUCAUGAUGAUGUCAGACUGUGUGGAAGGCAGAUAGAGCUUGACACUAUUACUAAAUCAUUUUGGGGAAACAAGGUAGAUAAACAGAAAGGCAAAGACAUACCCAACUUUUGCCUGCAGGUUAUAACUGGAUUAGGUGGGUGUGGUAAAUCUCACGUAUCAGAGAAGUAUGCUAGCUGUGCUGUACAAGGAGAAAAUUUGCGCCGGUUGUCAAUGCAGUCAAGUGGAGGUGGUGUUUUUGAUGACAACAACGUUUUUCUAGAAGCUGUUUAUAAGAAAGGCAUGGUAUUGCUGCUUUAUGAUGGAGCAGAUAGAUUGAAUGUGUUGGAAAAGAUUCUUCCUUGUAAUACAGCUCAUGUGCACGUGUUGGUGACUACCCGUAUGACUACAGAUCAUAGUAUACUAGCAAGAGCUGACAAUGUCAUAUCUCUUGGUCGACUGGAAAGUGCAGCGGCAGUGGAAGCUCUUCAAGUGUGGCGUGGACAUGCUGAUGAAGCUUUGCUUGGUGAAGAGGCAAUUUAUGGCAAGCGUGUAGUGACUGAAGAUCCCAUUGAUUGUUUACCAUUGGGUAUUGCUCAUGCAGGAACAUUCAUGAGGAAGAGAAAUGUUGGCUGUCAGCAGUAUUAUCAACUGAUCAGAAUGCAGCAAGCACAUUUAGAAGCUCUUGCUCUUGAUAUGAACAAACUUCUUCACUAUUUUCAAAUCAGUCAUCUUCAAGAAUUAUUACAACAACAUGAUGUGUUUGAACCAAAAGAAAUGUCAAAACUGACUGAUGAGAAUAUUCAGUCAAUAGUAACUAAACAGCAUGAGAGACGUCUUCUUAGCAUGGCCAGAUAUUUUGUGACAAACAGCGAACAUGUGCACUUGACGUGGCAACUUGAUAUUGAAACAGUGAAGGAAACAGAUGUCAAUGCUAUGCUGCUCUUGUCUUAUGCAUCACUGAUAUCGUGUAGGGAUAUUCCUGAAUUUUUAUUGCAACCUCUUGUGUUUGGUUCUCUUCCUCGUUAUCACUACAGUCGGUCUCUCAAUACAUUGAUGUCUCACUCACUAGUUGAUAUGUCUGAUGGAAAUGAGGGAUAUAAUUUUACUCUGCAUCCACUCGUUCACUCAACAGUUUUGGAACGUUUUCUGCGUCAACCAGAUCGCGAGCUGCUUCGUGACAGACUAACCAACCUAUGUCAUUAUCUUCUUCGUUUAUUACCAUGCAUUUGGUGCAAUGUCAGGUCUUUUCUAAAAGAUGAUCGUAUUAUUUCUCUUGUCCCGCAUGUAUAUGCAGCUGCAGAAAAGGCUGUCUGGUUUUCUGAUGAAGAGAGAUGUGUGGAAGUUGUGUUCGCUGCAUGUAAAAUUUCAUUGAUUUGUGAGCAUGUGGAUGUAGCUGCUCGUCUUUGCAACGAACAUCUGAAGGCAUCUGAAAUGUCAUCAAACAAUAGACAACAUGUCAGAGCAUUGCUUAACAUGGGACAAGCCUAUUUAUUGAUGUCACAGCCACAGGCAGCUCAGUAUACGUUUAUGAGAGCUGCACAGGUAGUAGAAGGUUGCCAGGAACACGAGAGAAGAGGAAUGAUGGAGGAAUAUUUAACUGCUGUGUCAGAAAGUGCUGGUAUCAGAUUAUCGAGUGUUGGAUUAUCGAGUGUCGGAAUAACGAGGAAAGCAGUUGCUUUUGUGUUAGCGGGUUUUGACAAGUAUGCUUAA